AUGUCGACGACCGCGACGCUGGACGAGACGGCCUCUGACAGAGGGGAUUCCGGCCUUGUGACCACGGUCCAUACGACCAACGCGCACAAGAUGCACCCGUUCUCUGUCGACUACAUUAAGGCCAAACUCGAGAAGGCGGUCAAGCGAGUCGGCAACGCGUUUCAAGAGCGCGUUUUUUCGACUGUCAGCAACAUUGUCACGGCAAAGCGCAACGCCAGUGACCCCGCUCGCGUGUGGAAGCUCAUUGUGCAUCACAACUUGUGA